CAUGGUCGGCGGCUUUAUUUAUUUUAUUUUUUAUUUAGGCCCCUUUGUCUUGAUUUAAAGGCUUGUUUACUCUCGCAACGCAAUAUUCUUGGCCUCCAGUUCCAGUCACUUCUUGCUCGUACAACUUUUUUCAGCGUAAAAUCAUAGAUAGAGCUGGUAUCGAUAUGGGCGAGCAAGCAGACGAAAAGCGCGAACCCACGCCCGUAAAUGGCACCCUCCUCCAAGGCUUCGAGUGGAAUGUCCCCGCAGACGGCAAGCACUGGCAGCGUCUGACCGCGGCUCUGCCCUCGAUCAAAGAAAUCGGCAUCACGAACCUGUGGCUGCCGCCCGGGUGCAAGGGCUCUUCCCCCGAAGGCAACGGCUACGACAUCUACGACCUGUACGACCUAGGCGAGUUCGACCAGAAAGGUAGCGUCCGCACCAAAUGGGGCACGCUGCCGCAGCUGCGCGAGCUGAGCCAGAAGGCGCAAGAGCAGGGCGUCGGGCUGUACUGGGACGCGGUGCUGAACCACAAGGCGGGCGCCGACAACAAGGAGAAGUGCCAGGCCGUCGAGGUCGACGAGGAGGACCGCAACCAGGAGGUCGGCGACCCGUACGAGAUCGAGGCGUGGCUGGGCUUCGAUUUCCCCGGCAGAGGCGACAAGUACAGUAGCCAGAAGUACCAUUGGCAGCAUUUCACUGGCACGGAUUGGAAUGCUGCCAAUGAGAAGAAGGCGGUUUAUAAGAUUUGUGGCGAGGGGAAGGGGUGGAGUGAGAGCGUGGGCAAGGAGCAGGGCAACGCCGACUACAUGAUGUUCGCGGACCUGGACUACUCGCACGACGAAGUAAUCGAAGACACCAAGAACUGGGGAGUCUGGAUCACCAAAGAGCUAGGCCUAAAAGGCUUCCGCCUCGACGCCGUGCAGCACUUCUCAGAGCGGUUCACAAACGAGUGGGUCAGCGCGGUGCGCGACGCGUGCGGCCACGACGUCUUCAUGGUGGGGGAGUUCUGGGUCGGCGACACGCCGACACUAACGCAGUGGCUAGACCGGAUGGGCCACAAAUUCAGCCUAUUCGACGCGCCGCUACUCAACAACUUCUCCCAGCUCUCCAGCAGCGAGGGCGCGGCCGCCGACCUGCGCAAAGUCUUCGACGGCAGCCUCGUCGCGGCCGAGCCCGUCAGCGCCGUCACCGUCGUCGCAAACCACGACACCCAGCCCGGCCAGACGGUCGAGACACCCAUCGCCGACUUCUUCAAGCCCCUCGCGUACGCCCUCAUCCUCCUGCGCCCCGACGGCUACCCCUCCGUCUUCUAUGGCGACUUGUACGGCUUGCUCCCCGGCCCGGACACGCCGUUCGACGACGUCCAGGCCCCGGCUUGCGCCGGUGCGCUGCCCGCCCUUGUCCUUGCGCGCAGUCUCUACGCGUACGGAGACUGCGAGGACUAUUUUGGCCCGCUGGGCGAGGGCGAGGAGGACGAUGGCAACGGCAACAAGGCCGACGCGAACUGUAUCGGGUGGGUGCGGCGCGGGACGUGGGAUCGCGCGGAGGGCUGCGCGGUCGUGCUGAGUAAUGCGGGGCCCGGGUCGAGGAGGAUGUGUGUGGGAGAGGGGAGGGAGGGCGAGGUGUGGACGGAUGUGCUGGGGUGGGCGAGGGACGGCGAGGAGCCUGCGCGCGUGACGAUUGGCGAGGGCGGUUGGGCGGAGUUUACGUGCAGCGAGUGCAGUGUUUCGGUGUGGGUGAAGGAGGACGCCGAGGGGAGGGACAGGUUCCCGGUGAAGUUUGAUGACAAGAUUUAUGAGCUGGCUUAGAUGGUCGGUGGGGUCUUGGUUUGGAUACCCCUUUUGCGGAGAAUUUGUUGCGUUUUGUUUCUAGAUUGCCUUUUGGUUUCUUCUCUCCCUACCCUACUUAUUUCGGUAGGUAAUACCUCCUCUUCCUUUCAACACUUUUAAUGCAAACAAACAUACCACCUCGUCUAAGCACGCACUCACUUCGCCGAUUACUAUGGUGUGGAACAGCAAUCUUCAACAUGACAUCAAGGAAAGAAGAGACACAUACAUCACGGGGGCCUGUCCAAUCUCAACUCAAGGUACUUAGAAACAUAUACGCCCGAAUCGCCGC